CAAACCAUACUACUCAUGUCCCCACCAUAAUUGCAUGUCCCUUCUCUUCCCCAAUCCCCAUCCUAUGUUUUCCAUCUCAGAAACUUCUAAAAGCCUAAACUCAUAGCCCUCUCUCUCUCUCUGGUGUGCUUCUUCUACUUUCUCAAUGUCCAUGUCUGACCCUUCUUCACCUGCCUCAUCAAACUUGGACAGCACUGCAGAUUCUUCAAGCAGUGCCAGUACUACUCCAAGUAUUCAAAUGGUUUCGAAGUCGGUAUCCGAAAGGCUACUGGGGAAGUUCUUUGAUGCCUCCCAAUACGAUUUCGAUUAUGAGCAGAGUGGCCUGUGGUCUCCUCCAUUGCGCCGGAGUGUGUUCUUGGACUCACCGGGCAAUAUAAUCAUAUCAUGUUGUGAAGAGGAAGAAAUGUUCUGCUACAACAAACUCAAAAAUGCCAAGAUGGCUUGGUCUAGACGCUUCUUCUGUUUGAUCACUGCCUUAUGGUGCUCCCCAAGGCAAUAGCUUGAUACUCUCUCCAUGUUAAUUAAAUUAGAUUGGUUACUGAUUUUUGGUUGGUCUUGUACAAGUUAUG